UUGGCCCCAGGACACUGGACAACGAAAGGUAAUUGUUUUGAUUUAUGUAUCAAAAUUUUUUAUCACGUAUUUCAGCUCAGAUGUCGAAAAUUGACAACAACUCAAAUGAAGAAUCAAACAACGUUUCCGCAACUCGUUGGAGAUUCAAAACCAAAUUAUGUAAUGCGAAUAGUUCACAUGGAAAAGAAUGUAUCAGUACUGAAAGAAGUCAAGCCUUUGGAACGAGAAUCGCCAAAGAAGAGUCAACACGUGGAAAAGAACAAAGCUCCGAGAUUGUGAACGGAUUGCAAGCAUUAUCAAUUUCUGAGAACACUUCAAAAAUAAAUGUUGGCAAAACUGAAGCAAGUUCGAGAAGACAAAACGAAGAUCACGCAGAAGACGGUUCAUCCGAGGAAAAAUCUAUAAAGAAGAAGAAAACUCUACGAACAUUCAAAGAUUUUCGACGCGCAUAUAAAAUAAAAGAAGAGAUCCCAUUUGGUACAUAUGGAUUCAAGGUAAGUGCUUUGUUUUAUAAAACAAAUUAAAAUUUGUUGAAAUGGCACAUAAACUUCUAUUUUCAGAUGAAUGCCACGAAAACUGAACAACCAAAAUGA